ACAAUGGUAUGUGACAUCAAAUGUGGCACGAUGCUUUCCGAGUUAGUUCAAGUUGCAUCAUUAAUAAUAUGGGAUGAAGCACUAAUGACACAUAGAUUUGCUUUUGAGGCUCUAGACAGGUCCUUCCGUGAUAUCUUGGCAUCUUCAUCACCUAUAGCUAAGGACUUACCCUUUGGUGGAAAGGUUGUUGUUCUAGGUGGUGAUCUUAGACAAACAUUGCCUGUGAUUGAAGGAGGCAACCGCUCACAAAUUGUUAAUUCAGCAAUAAUCAAUUCUUCUCUUUGGUCUCAUGUACACAUCCUACAUCUUACACAGAAUAUGAGACUUCUAAUGCCAUCAUUGUCACAAGAAGAACGACAAGAACUAUCUCAAUUUAGCAAGUGGAUGCUCGAUGUUGGAGAAGGCAAAAUAGACGCCACAUCACAAGAAGGUGAAGACGAGCCAACAUGGAUAGAGAUUCCACAAGAAUUGCUCCUAAUGCCUCAAGAUAUACCAAGUAACAAUGUUAUUCACACCUGUGGCAGAAUUACAUCCUCAAUCUACCAAUGUUGUCAUAAGAGUGUGUGUGAUCAGAAAAUGGGAAUUCCGAGGUGCUACAAAUGACGGCCCUCUGCAACACAUUAAUUUGGUUCUAGCUGAUGAACAGGGUACGUCCAUCCACGCUGAGAUUGCAGCGGCUCUGGCAGUUGACAAAGGCUCACUGAUAGAAAUUGAAAAAGUAUAUGAGCUCAAACGCUUUCGGGUCACGCCUUCCAGAAACUAUUUCAAACCUGUUGACAAUAACUUCAUGAUACAAUUCACUCUGUACACUCAAGCCAAAGUAGUCAAAGAUCCACCACAAAUGUUUCCAAGAUAUAUCUACAAGCUCACAUCCUUUGAAAACAUCGAAGAUAACAUUGACAAUAGAACUUACUUGAUUGAUGUCCUUGGAAUGUUGACACAAAUUGAUCCUCCACAUCUAAUUGGCUACAACAACUCAACCAUCAUCAGAGACAUCUACAUCAAGAAUGCAAGUGACAUGUCUCUAAAAAUUACUCUUUGGGGAAAUCAAGCAUCAAACUUUUCUAUCAGUGAUGUUUACAAUCAAAGCAUCAACCAGCCUAUUGUCAUACUGCUUGUUGGAUUUCUUGCUAAACGAUUCAAAGGUUAUGAUCCAAGCUUUUCAAAAAAAACAUUUGAAUUAUUUAUUCCAACAAAUAUGAUAACACAUAAUCUACAUGUAAUGUAA